UAAUUAUAAUUUUAACAGCAUGUUGUUAAGUACUCUAUUACUCUAUCUAUGUUAUCUCAAUCACAUAGUAAGUGCUCAGUAAAUAUUUGUAGAUUGAAUACUGUUGGGAAGAACUGAAUGUAUGCGUGAAUACAAGCUUUUAUUUCUAGUAUCCUAGAAGAAAUGAAAUUAUAUUUGCUGAAGAGAACAUAACUUCUUCCAUUGAUUGUCUCCUUUUGAUUUGGGGACUGAUACUGUGGUAGACAUAAUUAGGACCUAUAUUGAAGGAUGUUGGCUAUCUGCUCUCCUGUGUGAGAGCGGGGUUUCUUUUUAUUCUUCUUGUCUAAGGAUACUUGUCUAAGGACUGAACUGGACAGUCAUGGUCCUUGCCUUCUGGAAACUCCUCUCUGGAAUUUGCAUCAUAGCAAAUGCUCAACUCUGUCAGGACAGUAGUAUACCAGGGACCACUGAAGCCAGAAAUAACUGUCUCCUACAUUGCUGUUGCAACAAUAUUCUUUAACAGUGGACUAUCAUUAAAAACAGAGGAGCUGACCAGUGCUUUGGUUCAUAUACGACUGCAUCUUUUCAUUCAGAUCUUUACACUUGCAUUCUUCCCAGCAACAAUAUGGCUUUUUCUUCAGCUCUUAUCAAUCACUCCGAUCAAUGAAUGGCUCUUAAAAGGUUUGCAGACUGUAGGUUGCAUGCCUCCCCCUGUGUCUUCUGCAGUGAUUUUAACCAAGGCGGUUGGUGGAAAUGAGGCAGCAGCAAUAUUUAAUUCAGCCUUUGGAAGUUUUUUGGGCAUCGUUAUAACACCCCUGCUACUGCUGCUUUUUCUCGGCUCGUCCUCUUCGGUGCCUUUUACAUCUAUUUUUUCUCAGCUUUCUGUGACUGUUGUGGUUCCUCUCAUUAUCGGACAGAUUGUCCGAAGGUACAUCAAGGACUGGCUUGAAAGAACGAAGCCUCCUUUCGGUGCUAUCAGCAGCAGCGUGCUCCUCAUGAUCAUCUACACAACCUUCUGUGGCACGUUCUCCAACCCAAACAUUGACCUGGACAAGUUCAGCCUUGUGGUCAUACUGUUCCUAAUAUUUUCUAUUCAGCUGGGUUUUAUGCUUUUAACCUUCAUCUUUUCGACAAGGAAUAAUUCGGGUUUCACCCCAGCAGACACUGUGGCCAUCAUUUUCUGUUCUACACAUAAGUCUCUCACUUUGGGAAUUCCGAUGCUGAAGAUCGUGUUCGCAGGCCAUGAGCAGCUCUCGUUAAUCUCCGUGCCUCUGCUCAUCUACCACCCAGUUCAGAUCCUUCUGGGGAGUGUGUUGGUGCCAACAAUAAAGUCCUGGAUGGUGUCAAGGCAGAAGGGUGUGAAGUUGACGAGGCCAACAGUAUAGCAGAGGAGGUGCUCAUCCGCGGCGAUGUACAUAUGUACAGGGCUGUACACAGUGAGACUCGUGUUGUGAAUGUUGCUUCAAUGCAUAUUUUAUUUUUUUACACACAAAAAAAAUGAUAUAACUGUUGAAGUGCCUUAAAAAUGUAUCUGACAAGAGCGUUAUUUCCAAAACCGACUUUUUCGGUGACUGCCAGGGGUGGUGCAGUAUCUUGGAGUUGUUUAAUAUUUCUCUUCCUACCGCAGGGAACAGUCAUCGUAUGUGACAAAAGCCCCACCUCUGUGCAAUACAACUCUACUAGUUACUAUACUGUUCUAAAUGAGGUCAUGGCAUCAGAGAAAUGCCCUCCGAUGACAGUGAAAACUUCCAAAGUCUUAUUCACAAAUGCUUUUAUUUACUGUGUGAUUUUUUUUCUACAACUGUGACAUGCCUCUUAUCAACUCAGCAGGGGUCAUAGACUGAGUAGAUACUGAAAAGCAUAAGUUAUCUCCAUUUCCUGACAUUAUUUUUUUAAGACAUUCCUUCAAAUAGUUUCAACACAGAUUCCUUUCUUCCAUGAUCAGAGAUUGUGAUAUUAUAUGUCUUAAAUUUAUUAUAAGCUGCUUCAAAGAAAAGGCCUAAUGUUUGACUUAUGAGUCAAUUAAGUGAGGUUUUGAGGUAAACUACAGGAUUUGGUUUUCAGGAUUUUUUAAAUUAUAUUUUGUAUGUUUUUCCUUUUUCUUCCAUAAUUUCCUUCCUGUUUUCCAACACACCCGCAAACUCAUGACAGCCAAAUGUGAGAUACAAAAUGUUAUCAUCAGUUUGAGAGCAGCAACAAUGAAUGAUGGACUAUAUUCACAUUCCACGAUUAAGAAAAAAAAACUUUUUCCUGUUACACAGACGUGCUGAGCACAAAUUGCCCCUUUUAGCAGAAACAGCCUGUUACAUCCUGGAUUAAGCACACUGAAGGCAUUCGAGGCAAGUUGUGAAUGAGAAUUUCCUUGGCAGAUUUGACAAAUGAUUGCAACUUUUUAAAAUUAAAUCAUUGCUCUUUUGAAUAAAUAGAAAUAUAAAGGUCAUUGAUGCAAACAGAUGUUACAGGUGCACCUUCUUUCUAGCCAAAUGGAAGGGGAAAAUGGGCACAGAAAAUGCGGAACCACUCAUUAACCAAAAUAUCAAGUAAAAUUAGCUCCCAGUUGGGCUUCAGCUUCCAAGAGUAGUGAACAUUUGCCUCUGCUGUGGCUGAAGAGCUUUCACUGGACCCAAGUAGAGAAAAAGCAAUCUACAGAAUCAAGGGGACACUUUUUCUCUUCCCACACACCGUUCUGUCACGUCCUCUCCACGUGUCCUUUCUUGAUUUGACAGACGAGAUUGACACCUGGGGUAACACUGAGGCCACACUCUGUCCCCGGCAGCUGUUGUUGUUUUGUCAACAAAAGAAAAAUCAUUCCUUAGAAGCCUACCAAGUUUAUCAAUAGUGUAUAUUUAUAUUCUUGUUACUACUGGUCUCAUCGUGUGGUUCUUCUGACUCAUUUGAACAUCAGCGAAUUUCAUAAAUUUCAGGAGAGUUAGCCUCAGUGUCAAUUUUGAAGCUAGUUCCAGACCCUGCAAAAAAAAACACAAACAAAAAACUAUGCUAAAGAGGCUGUUUGUCAAGAAUUUUCGAUGUGGAGACUUUUGCUUGUGUCUAAAACUACAGUAAUUUUGCUUGAUACUUUGGAUGCUUACAAAUGAAGCUCAGAAGGGUUUUCAUGUUUUGUUCCUGUAAACUUCUUUGAAUUUCGGAGUAAAUGAAAUUGUCUCUGUCUGUCUGUCUGAGUUAUCAUAAAAGCUAGCAUUCAAAUACUGAUUUUUUCCCCCCAACUUAUCUACCUCUCUUGUCAAACACCUAUAGUAGGUGUGUGAUUAUGGGAUAAAAUUCAACUGAAAACAUUAUAACAUCUUUUGCUUUGAAAAAAUGUCUUUUGUUUUCAUAUAAUCUUAUUUACGUGGUGAAUUUUGGUGGCUUUAGUGAUAUGUUUAUGCCUUUUUUUUUUUACACAAAUGCUGUUGCAUAUUUUUCCAUAAAGAACAAAAAGCAAAAUCAAAAUUUAUUUUAAAUUCAUGUUUAUUGGGAUUUAAUUAUUCAUGUCUUAAAAUACUUUAUUAUGUUUAUGUACUGUCAAGCUAUCUGUUUUAUGUGUUUGUUUUGUCUAAAUGUAUUUAUGAAAGAAAUACAUUAGAUUAUAUUUAUGUUUACCCAUUUUUCCACCUGGAUUUCUUUUAAUGGCUGUUAUGAAAUUUGAUUUUUUUUAGUGGGUGAUAAUAUUAAUCUAUUCAUAUGUUCUUUUCUAAGUUUUAAAAUUUUGUGGGUUUUUUUUUUUUUUUUAAUUCUUUCCUAUUCUGUUUGAAACUAACACACCUCUGGCUAAUGUUCAGUGUUUGUAUAUGCUAAAUACCAAAUUUUUUCAAAAGGAUUAGAAAAGUAACUAAGUGGAUUAUUUAUGAUGAAUGGGAAAUGAAAAGGAUUCUAUGAUUAAACUAAGAGAUGUUUCAGAAAUCA